AUAUAAACGCUCCUCGCACCACGUGACUUCCUUUCUGGUCUAACCUGCCAACAUGGACGCCAGCCGCGUGCAGCCGAUCAAGCUUGCGAGAGUCACAAAGGUCCUCGGAAGAACCGGUUCUCAGGGCCAGUGUACACAGGUCCGAGUCGAGUUCAUGGAUGACAGCAACCGCUCCAUCAUCAGGAACGUGAAGGGUCCAGUCAGAGAAGGAGACGUGCUCACACUUCUGGAGUCUGAAAGAGAAGCCAGGAGGCUGCGAUAGUGGAAGAUGAAGCUGAGGAUCCACUCCAUGGCUGUGGAGCAUCCGAUGCCACCAGCUUCACUCAGUGGACUGCAGCUCCUGUUCUGAUGUUUUGAAAUAAAUUUGGGGAUUCACACA